CAAGUGAGUCCUCUGACUUCCUUAGAGUAACGUUACUCUCUGGACCUUCUCAUUUCUCGGUCUUUCUCACUGUCUCUACCAACACCCGGCGUUUGUUAUGGCUGAGUUUGUAGUGCUUUUCUUUCCUUAGGCUUUAAUCAUACAGAUAUUUUGAUGGAGUUGGCCCUAGUUUUGUGUGUUAUGUCAGUACAAAAGGGCAAAUUCGUCUUUCAGGCUUCUUGGUUGGCUGACGUCAGUUAACGUCAGUAAACGUAAGGUUAGCUAACUUCGCUAGCGUGUGCUAACUUAAGUUGAUGAAGUAAAGUAGCGUUAACUGUUUAAAUUACAGUUUUUCUUCUCAUGGACUGUGUUUGAUAAAGUAUUUACCUUAUAGCUAUCAAAGUACCGUUUGGUAAACCCAAAUCCCAAGCUAAUUUACCUGGUCUUAAAGCUAAACGCUAACGUUAACGGAAAGUUAGCACUCAGCACUCCGAGCUGAUUCUUGCUCGAUUAGCUUCAAAUAGACAGCUUGCAUCACCUGCUGCCAAAAUGAUGGAUUUUGAUAAUAUAUUGGACAUCGCCUCGCAAAACCAAGGGCACAGUAGUGUACAGAAGAGAUACAGUUUACAAGCUGCACCACCCAAAAAGGAUCCAAGGUCCAAAGGUGUAAAUCCUGCUGCUGUGCAGGCACUUCUGAAGAAGCAACACAAUGAGACCAAAAAGAGAGAAAGUCAAAUGAAGAAAGAGAAGGAGGAACUAUUAGCCAAGAGGGUUGAGUUGAAGUCGGACCGUAAAGCACGAGCCAUGGCUUCCAGAACUAAGGACAAUUUCAGGGGCUACAAUGGCAUCCCAGUGGUAGAGGUUCCUAAGAAGAGGAGAUCAAAACUCGAUAUGCAGGAUGAAAAAUCGAUGAAUGAGGAAAGAUUUAGGAAUAACUCAAUUGACCCAGAGGAUGAUGAGGAUAAUUAUGAGUAUGAACAGACAGAUUCAGAGCCAGAUCAGGAGCCAGAGCCGCUGAGACCAGGGAAAAGUAGUAGUAGCAAGCCCUCCUCUAAAAGACCCAGUGGGCCACCCAAGCCCGCUCCACCUCCCAUGAACUUUGCAGAUUUACUCAAAUUGGCAGAGAAGAAGCAGUUUGAGCCAGUUGACCUAAAACCCAAGGCAGCGAAGAAGGAAGAAAGGCUCCGCACAGCUGACGAGAUAAGGGAACUGGAGAUGGAGCGCAAGGCUAAGAGACAGAACAAAGACCGAGACUCAAAGUCAGAGAGGGAAAGAGACAGCAAGUCUCAGUCUAGCUCUAGUUCAAUAAGAAAAGGCACUUUAGAGAAGGAGCAGAAGAACUGCAAACCACAAAAGAACUCCUUAGAAAAGCCAAGUCUGCCCAGUGGGUCAGGGAAGAAGUUGCACCAAAUACUGACCAGCGUUAAAGGCCACUCUUCUUCCAAGCAUUCUGUUAGUGACAGAGAAAGAGAUAGACCCAAGACAUCUCACAGUGAUAGAGACAGAUCCAAGACAAGCUUAUCUAGUUCAUCUGGUGCCCUAAACAGUAAAGUUCCCUUGAAAGCCACAUCUUCUCAGGUUUCAGCCAAACAAGGGGGCCCCAAGCCCUCAUCUAGCCACAAAUCCAGCACCUCAAGUGACCUUAGCUUCAAAAGAGAAAGCUCAUCAUUACUUCAAGGAAGAGCUUCAGGUAUUCCUGGGACCAGGCCUCCUGGUACAGCUGUAACAGGUCAAAAAUCUCAACAAGGGAGUUCCCAACAGACCAGGCCCAGUCAGGGUAGCUCAUUGAAGCAGGGACCUACAGUCGGAAGCCACAAGUCCGGAAAGGGAGAAUCACUAAGGAUUGGAAUUAAUUCUGCAGUAAAAUCAAGUGGUAAUUCAGUGAUGAGACCCUCAUCAGGCUGCCCUCCUAAGGCAGGGAGCCAACCUCAGGCAAGGCCUGGAGGCACACUCCAGGCAAAAGCAGGUGGUGUCCCACAGGCCAGGCCUGGUGGGAGUGGCCUGCAGGGUCACCCUGGAAGUAGUGGAUCACGACCUCCAGGGAUUGGACCUGGUCGGCCUGGUAGUGGAGGGGCAAUACCCGGACGACUGACUGGCAGCAUUGGAUCAGGACCUGGAAGACCCAAGUGCACUGUGGUGUCAGAGACCAUCUCAUCCAAGAAUGUUGGUGGACCCAGAUCAGGAGGCCCUCCUCGGCCAGGCGUGCCACAGAGACCAGGAAUGCCUCCCAGACCAGGAAUGCCUCCCAGACCAGGAAUGCCACCCAGACCAGGAAUGCCUCCCAGAGCAGGAAUGCCACCCAGACCUAUGAUGAACAGACCACCAGGUACAAUGUUACCGCCUAUCACCUCGGCAUACAAGAGGAAAUAUGAGGAUGAGGAAGAUGAGUAUGACCCAGAAAUGGACGAUUUUAUUGAUGAUGAAGGUGACGAGCAAGAUCAAAUUUCUAGGCACAUUAAGGAAAUCUUCGGCUAUGAUCGAUCCAAAUACAGGGAUGAGAGUGACUAUGCACUUAAAUACAUGGAGAGCAGCUGGAGAGAUCUGCAGAAAGAGGAGGCCAGGAGCCUAAGACUGGCUGUGCAAGAAGAUAAGGAGGAGGAGAGAAGAGAGGAAGAGGAGCUGAAAAGGCAAAGUGCCAAGAGGCAAAAGAAGAACUGAAGCCCCUUUGCUGUUGAGAUGAAUAUAAAAAACCCUGGUCUGAAAGAUGGGGCAGUGGGUCUGCCAGCAUAACACCAGUAACUGUGUCCACAUUGGCCUCUGUUGCUUUUUCUCUGCUUCUCUCUGCAUGAUCGGACAAGAAGUGGAGUGGAGUGACACAUGACAUUGGCUCAAGCGGAAAAUAGAAGAAUUUUAGUCAAAGACAACCUGAAAAAGUCAAAGAUAAAAUAUGCACAAAUCAUUCAGGCAUUAAGCCAUUAGGUAAAAUGUGAGAACUUACAUCCAGUUAUAUUUAUUUCCCCCACUGUGUGCAGGGUUUACAUGGUCACCAGUCCCAAUUUCUCAAAGGAACUGAGUUACAAAGAGAACUGUAAAUAUUCCAGUGUGAUUUUUUUUUUAUUUUAGACUAACAAUGACAUACAUUGUCAAGUGCUGAUAACAUGCUAUUUUUGAGCAGAAGUUGUUGCAUAUUUUUCCAAACAAACUUUGAUUGUAAAGUCAAUUGAUUAUGCAGAAAACAUCACCACUUGAUGUGUUGUUUCUCUUUGAAAGGAUUUGAGAGAAAUUAUUGCAUAAAGGAUUUUAUUUAA